AUGGCGCCUGUAGUAAAGAAUAAGCAACUACCCAAGCUUGUCAAGCGUCGUCCCCUUGUGGUUACGUCACUCAUCAAAGCAGGGACUAAGUCGAGCCUUUACAGCGUCCGAAAGGAUUCGUCGAAAGUACGGAAGAGCAAAGAUCACCUAGCCGUUCGGAUUGCAAACAAGAUAAACUACCAGGGGGUAAUACAUGACGAACUUGCUCUCCUUACCAAGCUAGACCACCCGGGACAGGUAAACAUCCUGACACUUGACAGCGUUGUUCGUAUGGAUAGCAAUACGUCGUACAGCAAGCCGUUCGGUCUGGUGUUUCCGUUAGCUGAGUGCAACGUGGCCGACUGGAUCGACGUACAGUAUAACUAUGACGUCAAGGCAAACAUCAGCCGUCUGACCGAGGAUGAUUGCCAGGCGUUCGCCCACCGCGCCACCCAUCACCUCAGGAGCGCCCUCGUCUACAUUCACGGCAAGGCUAUCGUUCACAGAUGCGUCGAACCUCGCAGCCUGGUCGUCGUCAAAGGGCGCAUCAAGCUGGGCGAUUUCCGGCAGGCACUGGAGAGCACAGACGGCCCAGGAGUGCCUGCGCAUUUGAAGGGCCGCGUGGGAAAUCCCCUUAUGCGCGCGCCCGAGAUUUUCCUGGAUGACGAAUACGGGUACGGCGCGGACGUGUUCGCAAUGGGCUUGACCAUCUUGUUGAUGUACGGACGGAGACUCUGGAACAACAACAAACACGACAUGACCAUCAUUAACGGCCGCGCGGCGAGCGACGAAGAAAAGGAGCACGCGGCUCUGCGCGAGAUCUUGCUACUGGUGGGCGGCAUAACCAGUGCGAACUACAGAGGCGUCGCCUUGCUGCCGCGCUACAAGCGCUUCUAUCAGGACCUGCUGGCCACGGCUGGUUCCGGCAAGCUGGAUGAUUUGUUGAAUGGUCUUCCCACGGACAUUUGCACUUUUAUCAAGCACAGUGUGACGCACUCCCCGGCCAUGCGAUUCAGGGCGCAGGACCUAUAA